UUUGCCAAAGUCCAAUUGGCAAUUCGCCGGUUGAUUGGCACGCCUGGGUAAACAACUAACAUAACCCCACUUUAGUCAAAAAUCUAAAUUUUAAGUGUAAUAAAAUGAGCAAAGACCCGAUUGUGCUAAGUUACGACGAGAGUCUUUUGCGCAAAUCGGACGUGGAGCUCCUCCAAGGGCCCCACUGGCUCAACGACAACAUAAUUUCCUUCUACUUCGAGUACUUGAAGAACACGUUCAAACAAGCCCCCCAUAUUUUAUUCGUGCCCCCUGAGGUGACCCAGUGUGUGAAAAUAACCCCCAGUUCCCAAAUCGGCAUCUUCCUGGACCCGCUCGAUGCGCGGCACAGACGUUUUAUUUUUUUUGCCUUGAAUGAUAACGAGAGGCCCCAAGCGGCGGGGGGCACACAUUGGAGUUUGCUGCUGUUUUCACGGCCCGAUAAGACCAUUUAUCACUAUGAUUCUUCCAGAGGGAUGAAUCGGGAGCAGGGUGAGAAUUUCGGGCGUAAGAUUUUUAGUUAUUUCGGGAUCGAGGGGCAGUUUAAGGAGGAGAGGGCGCUGCAGCAGAACAAUGGGUAUGACUGUGGGAUUUACGUGAUUUGUAAUACGGAACAUUUGGCCAGACAUUUAAUUUCGUAUAAUUGUGUUGAGGGGUAUGGCUCUAACGAGGAUUUGGUGAAUAGUGUGGGGUCGAUGCGCAACCAAAUUUACAAUGUCAUCGAGCAAUUAAAAAGCUAGUCGAA